CCAGUUCAUUCACAAUCGCAUUUCACAAACCCUAAAUUUUGAAUUCUUUUCAACCAAAAAAUGGACUCAUCAUCAAUCUCACCCCUCUUAAUCCCAAAAGACCCAAUCCCAAAACCUGACCAGAAGAUUAAGAAAAGCUUCAUGUCCUCAAUAAUGGCAGCCUCCUUCAAAGAAGACACCUACCAUCACCAUACCCUCAAAUCCUCUGAAAAGAAAGCCCUUGAAGAGCUCAGAGACCUGCUCAUUUCCACCUCCAAUGUCCAAGAAUCCAUCUGGGGUAUCCCACUGCUGCUACCCACCACCCCUUCAGAAACAGAGAAAUCCGAUGUCGUCCUCCUCAAGUUCCUUAGAGCAAGAGAGUUCAGGGUUCAAGAUUCUUUCAACAUGCUCCUCAAAUGCCUUUCGUGGCGACAGGACUUUGGAGCCGACUCCAUUGUUGAAGAGGAUUUAGGGUUUAAAGAACUUGAAGGUGUUGUGGCUUACAUGAAUGGGUUCGAUCGAGAAGGCCAUCCUGUGUGUUACAAUGCUUAUGGGAUGUUCAAGAAUCAAGAAAUGUACGACAGAUUCUUUGGAGAUGAUGAAAAGUUGCACAAGUUUCUGAGGUGGAGGGUACAAGUUCUUGAACGAGGGAUCAAGAUGCUGCAUUUUAAGCCUGGAGGAAUUAACUCAAUUAUUCAGGUCACUGAUCUUAAAGAUAUGCCCAAAAGAGAGCUUAGGGUUGCUUCUAAUCAUAUCCUCUCUCUCUUCCAAGAUAAUUACCCAGAAAUGGUUGCUUGUAAGAUAUUCAUCAAUACACCGUGGUACUUCAGCAUGUUGUAUUCAAUUCUGAGUCCAUUUAUGACUCAAAGGACAAAGAGCAAAUUUGUGAUCUCCAAGGAAGGAAAUGUUGCAGAAACACUCUACAAGUACAUAAGGCCCGAGGAUAUACCUAUCCAAUACGGUGGUCUGAGUCGACCCAGUGAGUUGAACAAUGGUCCAGCUAAACCAGCUUCUGAGUUCACGGUCAAAGGUGGAGAAAAAGUUAACAUUCAAAUCGAGGGCAUUGAGGCAGGUGCAACGAUUACUUGGGACGUAGUUGUGGGAGGGUGGGAUUUGGAAUAUUGUGCAGAGUUUGUACCCAAUGCCACCGGAAGCUACACAAUUGCGGUGGAGAAGCAGAGGAAGAUGGUAGCCACGGAUGACGCAGUGCACAACUCCUUCACCGCAAAAGAAGCCGGGAAAUUAGUUUUAUGCAUUAAUAACACGGCUUCCCGGAAACGGAAAGUUGCUGCUUAUCGGUAUCUAGUUAGGAAAUCAAUGGUAGUAUGAGUGUAUCGUGUCGUGUUUCCAAUUUUCAUGAUUUUGUGUCGUCUUGGAAAUCUUGAUGAGAUGUGUUUGUGAACGAGAUGAUAUGGGUUGCUUGUAAUGUAUAACAUCGGGUUUUUUUCGUC